AUGAGUGGCAGCGGCAAUUCCAAGAAACCCGCCGCCGAGAACAACAACAACAAGCUCCCGGGCAUCUCCACCACCUUCUUCUUCGCCUUCACCUUCAGAUGCCUCUCCACAUCGACGAGGAGAAAGAAAGAAAAAGGAGCAAAAUGCGGCGGCGAAGUUGAGAGUGACAGCAAUUGGCGCACGCUAGUGAAGACGAAGACGAGGGGGAUGAUGAGCCUCGCCGACUUCCGCCGACGAAGAGUGCAGCAACCGAACACCUUCCUCGGUGCGAGAAGAAGAAGGAAAGAAGCUGUCGGCGACAAAGGUGAAGUAACUCCCGCCGGCGGUGAAAAGGGGUUCAAAUCUGGAAAUCUGUGUUAUGGUGUUCAUGAUGAGUUUGAUUCUGAGAAUCGGUUGCCGGUGAUUGUAAAGGAGGGAAGACGGAAGGUGUCAGCGAAGAAGAAAAGGGAAAAGAAGUAUGGGGUCUUUUGUUUUCAGAGAGGGAAGGAAAUAUCUGGGGAAGAUAAGAUCAAGAAGAAGGAAAGAGUUCGGACUUCGGAGGCAGUAGCAGAAGUCCUCCCCCCUCUAUGCAUUUGCAGAGGCUUCUUUUUAUAGAUAAAAGGCUGCUUAAUCCCCAAGUAUGCUACGGUGCUGAUUUUGGGUUGGACCGGUUCGAGGUCAUUGGUCGAACCAGCCUGGGUUGACUUCUGUUGACUAGCUUUGACUGUCGGUUUUGGGUUUGACUUGAGCCCAAUUUUUGUUGAACCUUAUAGUUAAAUAUGAUGUAAUCUUAUUAUGCAAUUAUUAUGGCUUUGUAAUUAUAGAUUAU